AUGUUUCAGUACAUGUUCUUUUUCCUCGGUUGGCUGAUUUUGCACUUAGCUGCUGGGGAGCUUGAUUAUAUCUCUCAAGGUAAAGGAAUGCAGUUACAGGGGGAUUACUCAUUGGCCGGACUCUUUCCCCUCCACUAUACCAAAAACCCAAACAGCGGUUUUCCCGCUCUGGUGCCAUGCGAUCAGGGUCGACCCAACAAGCAUGCAGUUCACUUAAUGCAAGCCAUGAGAUUUGCCGUGGAAGAAAUCAACAAUGCCAGUGGUCCACUGCAUCUUCUGCCCGGCGUCAAGCUUGGAUAUCAGAUAUAUGAUGUCUGCUCAAUCCCGGCUAGUGUCCUAGCCACUUUGGACCUUUUAGUUCCACAAUAUCAGAACCCCCGUGUCUCUGAAGCAGGACAGGCAGUCUUUAAUUCCACUGAAGCUCAAAUAGCUGUGGGUGUAAUCGGUCCAGAUAGCAGCAGCAAGACUUUUACUCCUGCUGCUUUAUUGGGCUCUUUUCUUGUACCAGAGAUCUCAUAUGAAGCAUCAAAUGAAAUGCUAAGCAAUAAGUUCCUUUAUCCAUCUUUUUUCCGCACCAUUCCCAGUGACAAGAACCAGGUGACAGCUAUGAUUCAACUCCUGGUCCAAUUCAACUGGACCUGGAUUACUGUCCUGGGUAGUGACAACGAUUACGGACUGCAGGGCAUGCAGAGUCUGUCGCAGCAAGCACCAAAGCAUGGCAUCUGCAUUGCUUAUCAGGGAAUCAUCCCUGCAGCCAGUGAUGAGAAAGUCCAAACCAUGAGGAACAUGGUGGAGAAAAUACUGAAAACCAAAGUGAACACCAUUGUUGUGUUCUCCAGCAAGACAAUUUUCCAUGACUUCCUGCCGUUUGUUCUGGAGAGAAACAUCACCGAUAAGGUGUGGAUCGGAACGGAGGACUGGUCACCAUCUACGCUUAUAUCAGGGAUACCUGGUAUCAACACCAUCGGCACAGUGGUGGGAGUAUCUGUGCAAGAUGCAUCCAUUUCUGGUUUCCCUGACUUUCAAAAAAAGGAGGUUGAGAAAUCAAUAAAGCACAUCAAAGAUGAUUCUAAUGUCAUCAAAAGCAGUGCCAAUGACUGUCUGCAGAGCACAGACUUGUACACGCUUGUGAGCAAGAAUUACUCCAUGGAUGAUUAUGACACCACCUCUUCCUUUAAUGUCUACAAGGCGGUGUAUGCGAUGGCUUAUGCCUUACAUCUAACGCUCGGUUGUGACUCUGGAAAAUGCAGCAGGAAAAGCGUCAGUCCACAAAAGCUUCUGCCGUCACUGAAGAAGGUCCGGUUCUCUCUGAGUAACUCCUCAGUGUACUUUGAUGCGAAAGGUGACCCGCCGACAGGAUAUGACAUUGUUUCCUGGGUUUGGAGGGGGACGGAGUGGUCUCUUAAAGUGGUGGGUUCCUUCACGCCUGAUCCUGUCAUGCUCUCUGUGGAUACUGAUCUGAUUCAGUGGCACGGCAGAGAAGACUUCAAAUCAGUGCCAGUGUCUCUCUGCUCUCCUCCGUGCCCCAAGGGCCACAAGAAGCUGCUGACUGGACAACACACAUGUUGCUUUGACUGCUUACCCUGUCCUGCUGCAACAUUCCUCAACUUAAGUGAUCCGACUGAAUGCCAGCCGUGUCUUCCAGAGCAGUGGGCUCCUCCGAGCAGUGAACAGUGUCUGAACAGGACGGUGUUGCUGCUGGCGUGGGACAACCCCCUCUCCAUUGCUCUUCUCUUCUUUUUGGCCACCUGCCUCCUCUUGACCUCUGGCACUGCAAUAAUCCUCCUGGUUAACCUGAACACACCAGUAGCCAAGUCCGCUGGGGGCCGCACCUGCCUCCUGAUGCUGGCAGCGCUGACUGCUGCCGCCUUGAGUACUCUGUGCCACUUUGGCGAGCCGUCUCCUCUGGCCUGUAUCCUCAAGCAGCCUCUAUUCACAGUCAGCUUCACUGUGUGCCUGGCCUGCAUCACUAUGCGCUCCCUUCAGAUCAUAUGCAUUUUUAAAUUUUCCUCCAAACUGCCACCAGCCUAUGACAAGUGGGUUAAAAAGCGUGGGCCUGAGAUUACAAUCUUACUGGUGUCGGUCACUAUCUUGUUUAUCUCAGUGCUGCGGGUAUCCUUGGACACUCCUCGGCCUUCCCAGGACCUUAAUUUCUACCCAGACAAAAUUGUUUUGGAGUGCAGUAAAACCCUCUCGGUCGGCUCCGGCGUUGAGCUGGCGUACGUGUCCCUGCUCAGUGUCCUCUGUUUCUCCUUCAGUUACAUGGGCAAAGACUUGCCAGCCAAUUACAAUGAGGCCAAAUGUGUCACCUUUAGCCUAUUGGUGUACAUGAUCUCCUGGAUCAGCUUCUUCACCCUGUACCUCAUCAACAGAGAAACCUUCACCAUGGCUGCCCAGGUGUUUGCCACACUCUUCAGUGUUCUGGCCUUCAUUGGAGGAUAUUUUGUGCCUAAGAUUUAUAUCAUUGUCCUGAAGCCAAAAAUGAACACAACAGCACAUUUCCAGAACUGCAUUCAGAUGUACACCAUGAAUAAAUAG